CUGCACUCACUCAUUCUCUUAUUUUCUCUCGUGAAUUUGUACAAAUCUGAGUAAAAUGGCAACACUCGUCAGGAGAAUUGUCAGCACAACUAAAGCUCCUGGUGCUAUCGGCCCUUACAGCCAGGCGGUGGUGGUGGACCGGACCAUGUACGUGUCAGGACAGCUGGGGAUGGAUCCUGCCACAGGACAGCUGGUGGACGGUGGCGUUCAAGCCCAGACCAGACAGGCUCUUGUUAAUAUGGGUGAAAUACUUAAAGCUGCUGAGGCCGGUUACCAGAAUGUUGUCAAAACCACAGUGCUCCUCGCUGACAUGAAUGACUUCACCAGUGUCAAUGAUGUCUACAAGCAGUUUUUCAGCACCAACUUCCCCGCCAGAGCUGCUUACCAGGUUGCUGCUCUUCCCAAAGGUGGACUGGUGGAGAUCGAAGCGGUUGCAGUCUUGGGCCCUCUGACUGAUGCGUCUUAACCACAUUCAUCAAACAAUAAAAGCAGCAGAGUCACAGAG